AUGGCUUUCCAUGUGGAAGGACUGAUAGCUAUCAUUGUGUUCUAUCUUCUGAUAUUGAUGGUUGGGAUAUGGGCUGCUUGGAAAACCAAGAACAGUGGCAGUUCAGAAGAACGCAGUGAAGCCAUUAUAGUUGGUGGCAGAGAUAUAGGUUUGCUAGUUGGUGGAUUUACCAUGACUGCCACCUGGGUUGGCGGAGGUUAUAUCAAUGGGACAGCUGAGGCAGUGUAUGUUCCAGGUUAUGGUUUGGCUUGGGCACAAGCACCAAUUGGAUAUUCACUUAGCCUGAUUUUAGGUGGUCUAUUUUUUGCAAAACCCAUGCGUUCCAAAGGGUAUGUGACAAUGUUGGAUCCAUUUCAGCAACUCUAUGGGAAGCGCAUGGGUGGACUUAUCUUUAUUCCUGCUCUAAUGGGGGAAAUGUUCUGGGCUGCAGCUAUUUUCUCUGCCUUGGGUGCUACCAUCAGUGUGAUUAUUGAUAUCAAUAUAAAUAUUUCAGUUAUCGUUUCUGCCUUGAUUGCAAUUCUGUAUACCCUGGUCGGUGGACUCUAUUCAGUUGCCUACACUGAUGUUGUCCAACUCUUCUGUAUCUUCUUGGGACUGUGGAUCAGUUUGCCUUUUGCGAUGUCACAUGAUGCUGUUGCAGACAUUGGUUUCACCGCUGUACAUAAGGUUUUCCAGGAGCCUUGGCUAGGAACUCUAAAAUCAAAUGAAAUCUAUACUUGGAUUGAUAAUUUUCUUUUACUGAUGAUGGGAGGAAUCCCAUGGCAAGCAUAUUUUCAAAGAGUUCUGUCAUCCUCUUCAGCAACCUAUGCUCAAGUUCUAUCUUUCCUGGCAGCUUUUGGGUGCCUAGUGAUGGCCCUCCCUUCAAUACUCAUUGGUGCAAUUGGAGCAUCAACAGACUGGAAUAAGACGACGUAUGGUCUUCCAGAACCCAUAGAAAGGCAAGAAGCAGAUAUGAUUUUACCCAUUGUCCUUCAAUAUCUCUGUCCAGUAUACAUUUCUUUCUUUGGCCUUGGUGCAGUAUCAGCUGCUGUAAUGUCAUCUGCAGAUUCAUCCAUCCUCUCAGCAAGUUCAAUGUUUGCUCGGAAUAUCUACCAACUGUCAUUCAGACAAAAUGCAUCUGAUCGAGAAAUUGUCUGGGUCAUGAGAAUCACUGUAUUUCUUUUUGGAGCAGCAGCUACUGCAAUGGCCCUACUAGCCAAAUCAGUUUAUGGACUCUGGUAUCUCAGUUCUGAUCUUGUUUAUAUAAUCAUCUUCCCUCAACUCUUGUGUGUACUCUUUAUCAAGGGAACCAACACAUAUGGUGCCAUGAUGGGUUAUGUGCUUGGUCUUAUAUUCAGAAUCACUGGAGGAGAACCAUAUCUUUACCUGCAACCACUGAUCUUAUAUCCUGGUUAUUACCGUGAUGAAGAUGGUAUUUAUCACCAGAGAUUCCCAUUCAAAACAUUUGCUAUGUCUAUCUCCUUCUUGACCAAUAUUUCCAUUUCUUAUCUUGCCAAAUACCUAUUUGAAAGUGGAACUCUGCCUCCCAAAUUGGACUUCCUUGAUGCUGUAGUUGCCAGACACAGUGAAGAAAAUAUGGACAAGACAAUUCUGGUAAAAAAUGAAAAUAUUAAAUUAGAUGAGCUUGCACCUGUGAAGCCUCGGCAGAGUUUGACUCUCAGCACAACCUUUACGAAUAAAGAGGCCCUCCUUGACAUCAACUCAAGCCCUGAAGGGUCGAGUACUGAAGAUAACUUACAAUGA